GAGUGGAGACCAGGAAGACGCCUGCAGAGCGGGCAGCGGGUGCGGUAGCUGCUGGUUGAGUGGGUGGUGCUGCCCUGGUAUCCCUAAUUUCCUAGUCUACCCCUGACCUCUAAGACGGGAGGCAGGAAGUGGUCAGGCCGGGGCUGUGCAGGUGCUCAGUGCCUGCUGCGGCUCAAGGGAGAUUCUUAGUGCGGCCUGUUGGGUACAGUCAGGGAGGCGUCCACACUCCUGACAGAAUAAAAUGGCGGCAAUGGCGCCUGGAGGUGGUGGCGGUGGUGGCGGCGGCGUGAAUCCAUUCCUCAGCGACUCGGAUGAGGAGGACGACGAGGUAGCAGCGACUGAGGAGCGGCGGGCAGGACUUCGGCUUGGUGCCGGUAGUUGUCUAGAUCCGGGCUCUGCAGGCUCACUAUCGCCGCAGGAUCCCGUGGCCUUGGGGAGCUGUGCUCGACCUGGGCUCUCUGGGGAGGCGUCCGCGACUGCGAUGGCCCUGGGGGUUACAGGGGAGACCCCCGCCCGCUUGUCAAUUGAUGCAAUCGCGGCUCAGCUCUUGCGCGAUCAGUAUUUGCUGACUGCCUUGGAGCUGCACACAGAGCUAUUAGAGAGCGGCCGCGAGCUUCCUCGACUGCGCGACUACUUCUCUAAUCCUGGCAACUUCGAGAGGCAGAGUGGAACCCCGCCGGGGAUGGGGGCGCCUGGGAUCCUCGGAGCAGCCGGUUUUGGAGGCGGUGGAGGUCGUGAACCCAGUACAACGUCGGGCGGGGGACAGCUCAAUAGAGCUGGAAGCAUCAGUACUCUUGAUUCUUUAGACUUUGCAAGAUAUUCUGAUGACGGUAACAGGGAAACAGAUGAGAAAGUGGCAGUCCUGGAGUUUGAACUACGGAAAGCCAAGGAGACCAUUCAGGCCCUCCGAGCCAACCUGACAAAGGCUGCAGAACAUGAAGUUCCUUUACAGGAGCGAAAAAAUUACAAAUCAAGUCCUGAAAUUCAGGAGCCAAUCAAACCUCUUGAAAAGAGAGCUCUAAACUUCUUAGUCAAUGAAUUUUUAUUGAAGAAUAACUACAAACUUACAUCAAUAACCUUUUCAGAUGAAAAUGAUGAUCAGGAUUUUGAAUUAUGGGAUGAUGUAGGAUUAAACAUUCCAAAACCCCCAGACUUACUACAACUUUACCGAGAUUUUGGAAAUCAUCCAGUGACUGGGAAAGAUCUUGUGGAUGUGGCCAGUGGAGUAGAAGAAGAUGAGUUAGAGGCUCUUACACCAAUUUUAGGCAACCUUCCUCCAACCCUCGAAACUCCUCAGCCUUUAGAGAACUCCUUGAUAGUACAAAAAUUAGAAGAUAAGAUUAGUUUAUUAAAUAGUGAGAAAUGGUCGUUGAUGGAGCAAAUCAGAAGACUUGAAAGUGAAAUGGACUUCCUCAAAAAUGAACACUUUGCCAUCCCAGCAGUUUGUGACUCUGUUCAACAUUCCCUGGAUCAGCCUCCCCAUAAAGACUCUGAGGACAGUGGACAGAGUCCAGUUGUAAAUAGUUCAGACAAGGAGAAAAAUGAAGACAUUCAUCUUUCAGUAUCACAGGAGGUUGAUUCUCCUAUUCCUAAAAAGAAGUCAGAUUCUCUUCCCAGGAGAGAAAAAGAAGGAAUGCCAUCUUCUUCUCCAUCAAGUAAAAACACAGUUCAUUUUGAUAAACCUAAUAGGAAAUUGUCUCCUGCUUUCCAUCAAGCACUACUCUCUUUUUGUCGAAUGUCAGCAGACAGUCGUUUAGGAUCAGAGGUAUCUCGAAUUGCAGACAGUGAAAAAAGUGUUAUGUUAAUGCUGGGACGCUGCCUGCCACACAUUGUUCCUAAUGUGUUAUUAGCAAAGAGAGAGAGAAUGGUUUUACAUCUCUGUCAGGAGUUGAUUCCCCUCAUAUUGUGUACAGCAUGCCUACAUCCUGAGCCUAAAGAGAGAGAUCAGCUUCUCCACAUACUUUUCAAUUUGAUCAAGAGGCCAGAUGAUGAGCAAAGGCAAAUGAUACUGACAGGUUGUGUGGCAUUUGCACGUCAUGUUGGACCCACACGUGUGGAAGCUGAACUUUUACCACAAUGUUGGGAACAGAUUAAUCACAAAUACCCAGAAAGACGACUACUUGUGGCAGAAUCCUGUGGAGCAUUGGCACCUUACCUUCCUAAAGAAAUCCGUAGUUCCUUGGUUCUCUCCAUGUUGCAGCAGAUGUUAAUGGAAGAUAAGGCAGAUUUGGUAAGAGAAGCUGUCAUCAAAAGCCUUGGAAUCAUUAUGGGAUACAUUGACGAUCCAGACAAGUAUCAACAGGGUUUUGAAUUGUUGCAGUCAGCCUUGGGUGAUAAUUCAGAAAGAGUAGUUAGUGCCACACAUCAAGUAUUUUUACCAGCUUAUGCUGCUUGGACCACAGAACUUGGAAAUUUACAGUCUCAUCUUAUACCUACACUACUGAACAAGAUUGAGAAGCUUCUCAGGGAAGGAGAACACGGUCUGGAUGAACAUAAGCUCCACAUGUAUCUUUCUGCCUUGCAGUCCUUGAUUCCAUCUCUUUUCGCAUUAGUACUACAGAAUGCACCUUUCUCCAGCAAAGCCAAACUUCAUGGUGAAGUGCCACAGAUAGAAGGUAUUCAACUCAAUCCUGGAAGGAAAAUUAUUAGCAUGACUAGGUUCCCUCGGCCUAUGUCACCUCUUCAAGAUGUGUCCACUAUUAUUGGAAGCCGUGAGCAAUUGGCAGUGCUACUACAACUUUAUGAUUACCAGCUGGAGCACGAGGGUACAACAGGCUGGGAGAGUUUGCUUUGGGUUGUGAACCAGUUGUUGCCACAACUUAUAGAAAUAGUUGGCAGAAUUAAUGUUACUUCAACUGCCUGUGUCCAUGAAUUCUCCAGAUUUUUCUGGCGCCUUUGCCGGACAUUUGGCAAAAUUUUUACAAACACUAAGGUAAAACCUCAGUUCCAAGAGAUUUUAAGACUAUCUGAAGAAAACAUAGAUUCCUCAGCAGGAAAUGGGGUCCUCACUAAAGCUACAGUCCCCAUUUAUGCAACAGGAGUCCUCACAUGUUAUAUUCAGGAAGAAGACCGAAAACUGUUAGUUGGAUUUUUAGAAGAUGUAAUGACUCUGCUUUCAUUGUCUCAUGCUCCUCUUGACAGCCUGAAGGCUUCCUUUGUGGAACUGGGUGCAAAUCCAGCCUACCAUGAGUUACUGUUAACUGUUUUGUGGUAUGGUGUUGUCCAUACUUCAGCACUUGUGAGAUGUACUGCUGCUAGAAUGUUUGAGCUGACUCUUCGAGGCAUGAGUGAAGCGUUAGUUGACAAGCGGGUUGCUCCGGCCCUUGUUACCUUGUCCAGUGAUCCUGAAUUCUCUGUCAGAAUUGCCACAAUUCCAGCCUUUGGCACUAUUAUGGAAACGGUUAUUCAGAGAGAGUUGCUGGAAAGAGUGAAAAUGCAGUUGGCUUCUUUCCUGGAAGAUCCUCAGUAUCAAGACCAGCAUUCUUUGCACACAGAGAUAAUAAAAACAUUUGGUAGAGUUGGACCUAAUGCAGAACCCAGGUUCCGAGAUGAGUUUGUUAUACCACAUUUGCACAAGUUAGCUUUGGUGAACAACUUACAAAUUGUAGAUUCUAAAAGACUGGAUAUUGCUACCCAUCUUUUUGAAGCCUAUAGUGCACUCUCCUGUUGUUUCAUUUCAGAAGAUUUAAUGGUAAAUCACUUUUUACCUGGCCUCAGAUGUUUACGGACUGACAUGGAACAUCUCUCUCCAGGGCAUGAGGUUAUUUUAAGUUCCAUGAUAAAAGAAUGUGAACAAAAAGUAGAAAACAAGACUGUCCAAGAGCCUCAAGGCUCGAUGUCAAUUGCUGCAAGCUUAGUGAGUGAAGAUACAAAGACUAAGUUUUUGAACAAAAUGGGCCAGUUGACAACAUCAGGUGCCAUGCUGGCCAAUGUAUUUCAAAGAAAGAAGUAGAAGCAGGAAGGAAGCUCCCAGGAAACACUAAGAUGGACCUCAGCAGACUGGUUCCUUGUACUUGAAGUACUUGCCUUUUUUUAUUUUCUCAGUUUUUUGUUCUUCUAUUAUAAUGUUAUCCUAACCUCCAAAGAUAUUUGCACUGCUUUUGAUUAUUGCUGUGUAUCUGUUGAUUUUGGAAUUAUAACAACUGUGGUAAUAGAAAAUUGAUUUGAUGGCCUGUACCAAGUCCCUCUUCUGUGUUAUCUUUGAGAAUAAUUUUUUACAU